AUGGCAGCAAAAGAUGUGCAGGAUCUUCUGCGUCUCCUUACGACGGGGAGGAAUAAGGUCCCAAUGCUUGCCGCUAUGGGACGCGUCAAAGCACUUCAAACUGCUGGAUUGAUGAGUAUAACAGAUGUAUCAAACACAGACCUCAAGACACUAAAGACCGCUCUUUCUACCGACGAGAAAACCGCAAAAUCUCUCCUCACGGCAUGUAAAGCCCAGCUCAAGAAUCCCACGCCCUCAAAUAAACGCUCCGCUAGCGACCCUCUAUCUCCCGCUUCAAAGCGCCUGAAAUCCCAGUUCUCCCUCCACGACGUCCCCGAGACCCCACAAGAACUCGAGGCGUCCCUUGCGCUGCCCACACCAUCUGUAGACGAAGAGGCGAUUUCGAAAUGUACCAUCUACACGAACCGCGCGCCGUUGGUGCUCGCGUUCGCGGUACAGCUGUUGAAACAUACGAUGCCGGAACAACCGUUGAGUAGUCGAUUGAGUCUGGCGCAGGCGGUGGUUAGUGCGAAUAGUAGGACGAAAGCGGUGAGUUUGGGGAUUAAAGAGAGGGUAAAGGGGGAGGAUUCUUGGGGGGAGGGACAGCCGAAGGUUAGGGUUAUGGGGAGGGAGGUUAGUGUGCUGAAGAGGAGUGGGUAUGAGUGGAGGGAGGAGGUUGAGGUUGACGGGGGUGAUGUCAAGGCGGAGGAGGUGGGUGAGGGAGGGGUGAAGGAAGAAGCUCCAACAGGUUCAGAAGCGACAUUGAAAGUUGAAUCUCAAUCGCCAACUCAAGUAUCGAGUACAAAUCCAACACAAGCAUCAACUACAAAAUGGACUGUCUCCUCCACCAUCACAUCCAAGAAAUCAACCUUCGUCGCACGCUCUAUCACCAUCACCUCGCAAACCCAAGCAACCCACGCCCUUUCAACCCUCCUCUCAGACCCAACCCUCAACCUCUCCUCAGCAUCCCACAACAUAACCGCCUACCGCCUCCUCGCCCCCUCAGGCCACAUCAACGAAUCCUGCUCCGACGACGGCGAAUCCGGCGGCGGCCGUCACAUUCUCAAAAUCCUCCAAGAUUCCAACCUCACAAACGUCCUGCUGGUCGUCACCCGCUGGUACGGCGGCAUCAUGCUCGGCCCGGACCGCUGGCGCAUCAUGAGCGACGUCUCCCGCGACGCCCUCUCCCAACGUCUACGCGUCGCGGGCGUCGUAAGAGGUGAAGCGCUUUGGGGAUUGGAUCUUGAGAACUCAGAAACGUCGCAUACCACUUCUCCGCUUACGGGGGCGGGACUCCCGAUUCAUCGUCCUGAAGGCGCGAGGGCUUAUCUGUUGAAAUCUUUCCCUUCACCUCCUGGCCCGCCGGAUGUGAAGGGCAAGAAGAAGACGGUGGCGCAGAUUAACGGUGAGAAAGAAGAGAAUCUGGGGUUACUGUUGGGGGCACUGGAGAUGCUGUUUGUGAGUUGGAGGGGGCUGGGGAGGGAGGAGUUGGAGAGGAGGGCUUGGGGGUGGUAUGUCGCUGUUAGGCCGGAGGUUGAGGGGGGUGUUGCCGGGUGGGGUGGGAAGGGGGAUGUUAGGUUGAGUGGGAUUUUGGGGUUGAGGAGGAAGAUUGAAGGCUGA